CUGGCUGACUUUCGCUGGGAACUUGGGUGCCUUGUCCUUCCGUCGUCGUUCCCGUUUCUGUUUACUGGCCUCGUUCCACAGUGCGUUUCUAUUUCUUGUUGCUUUUUCUCCCUGGCUAUUCGCCUCCCAGUUCAGAGAGCUUGACUGGGGCGAAGAAAGGCAUGGCUUGUCGCCUACGCUUGCUUUAACUUCACAGUAGCGUGUACUGUUGGCACCGCCUGACCUCACCUUCUUCUGUCCGUGUCAACGGUUACGAAUCUGCCUUGAGCAACUUCGAAGGAAUCCUCGAAUGCUCGUGCAUUAGAGAGUCUUACUCAUUUGUCACCCACGGUUCAAUAACAUUGGCUACUGGGCCCUGAUCCUCUUCUAUCUGCUUGUUUUCUUAUUGGUCCUUCCCCCGGUUCAAUCGUUACAGGUUGAGACCCGCGAACCCGGUUGCCCCCAAACCGAAAUAAAUCAAUCUGCCUUCCAUGGUCUUGCGAAAACGAGCUCCGCCACAUCUUUAUAGCCUCAGUCAAGGGAAUGCUCGUUUCGCACCUCGCUCUACAGCUGCACAGACAUCUCCGACCGCUAAAUCUACUGCGUCUCUGUCCCCCAAGCGCCUAACUCGUCCCCGUCGAGCUCAGAGCUCACCUCAGCCUCGGCGCCUCUCCUCGCAGGAAUCGAUAUACUCCCCUGACCUCAACACGUCUCCAGCAUUUGACCUGAUGCCCUUAGAACAGGCUCAGAAGUCGCCCGUUCGGUCAUCCGGCGGCGAUGCGCCCAAUCCGUGGGCCGACGAGUUAGUGGAGAGACCGGACCAGAAUCGCCAGGAGUAUACUAGCUCAGAGCUUCCACAGCUUGGUCAUGGAUCGCAGGAAGGGGGAACGGUGAACGAUAGAGGGCCCGAUCGGGUUCCGUCUGUUCUCGUCGCGGGCACCGAAAGGAGGACGGCUGCCAACGACUGGCAACAGAGCCAAGGGCUUAAUGAUACAUCCGACUGGGAGCAUUUGGGAGGUCCUUCUACUCCUCUGCGCUCGAAUAAUCCGUUUUUGAAACCCCGACAGCCCGAUCAAAAUCCAUGGGACGAUCGGAAUUCCCGACCGCAUUCCGAGGACACGGCAUCUUUAUCGCAGGAUGGCGCGAGUGCGCGACUCGGUCAAGACGAGGGCUAUAUUCCUAUGACAGCUCGCCUUUCCCUUUUCGAUCAGCCAGUCUCCGAAUCCCCGUGGGCCGAAGAGCAUUCCAAUGCUGCAUUGCCGCCGACAGCCGUGCAUCAGAACCAACAUUCAGCUCCCAUUCAGCAGAACUAUACCGGCCAAUAUACAAAUCAAGCUGCACCCACCCAGUUUCAACAGCCUUACACUCCUAGCAACGAUCCGCAGUCAUCCUACCCACCCCAGCCUUUUCAGCAGCAGCAGCAGCAACAACAACAACAGUAUGGGCUGCUGGCUCCAGAAAAUGGGAUUAAUACGCCAGCCACCGUCUCCACUGCAACCAGUGGCUCCUCUCAUGUGCUCAUUGACUUUGACGAAAACCCUCAGCCGCAUGCUGGCACGAGCCCAAGCAAGACAGCUCAUGAACACGCCAUGAAUAAUGUGCAGGAGCCCCAGCCGUCGGCCUUCGAAGCAUCUGGAAGUGCUCCACCCCUGCCAGACCGUUCUAAUGUUGCUGGUGCUGUGUCUCAACCCACCGAAUCAGAACCCAACCGACAGCAAGAACAGAAACUGGAGACCUAUGCUAUAAGACAUGUUAAUUGGACCGAUAUCACGGGGAAGCUGAGAGAUUCUCCGAUUCUAUCCCAAAACAAAAAUGGACCCUGUCCGUUACUGGCACUGGUCAAUGCCUUGGUACUGCGCGCAAACCCAGACACGCAGCCGCCCAUUGUUAGAGCGCUCCAAACAAGAGAGCAAAUAUCCUUAGGACUCUUGAUAGAAGCAUUAUUUGACGAACUUACUACCUGCCUUGGACCUGAUGAUGAGCUCCCGGAUAUUGAGGCGCUCAGUCGAUUUUUGACCAUGCUGCACACAGGCAUGAAUGUCAAUCCACGCCUCACGUUGGAAUCCCAACAUUCAGUCGGUACAUUUAUGCGGACUGAUGACAUCAAACUCUAUAGCACCUUUGGCGUGCCAUUACUUCAUGGCUGGAUUGCGGCCCCAUCUAGCGAUGUCGAUGGGGCACUGGCUCGGGUGGCCCCAUACCACGAAGAUGUUCAGUUGCUUCACUUCCGUAAGCAGGAGUUCGAAGACCGUGUUCUUCGGGGAGGAUCUCUCUCUCCACAGGAAGAGCAGGAGAUGAAAGACAUACAAGCUAUUCAGCAAUUCACCGACAUCGAUAAUGCGACACAGCUAAGCUCAUUCGGACUGAUGCACUUAGCGGAAAAGUUACCUCCAGGCUCGCUGUCGAUCCUGUUUCGAAACGAUCAUUUCACGACCCUUUACAAACACCCCAAGUCUCAGCAGCUAUAUACUUUGGUGACGGAUGCGGGCUACUCUAACUAUGCAGAAAUUGUCUGGGAAAGUCUUGUCGAUGUGAAUGGAUCUAGUGCCGGUUUUUUUGCGGGCGACUUCCGACCUGUCGGCCACACAUCCUCCCCUGGAGCCUCGGACCCAUCCGGUCCAAGGACUUCCAGCAAUACUCGAGCGCCUUCAGCUCCAAGCGAACAUGCUAACACCACCCUUUCUGCUCAAGAACAGGCCGACGCGGACUAUGCCUAUGCCCUCUCCCUCCAAUACCAGGAGGAAGAGCGACGAGAAAGCUCCGGGAACAAUAGAGACCGCAACCAACGGAGCUCGGGUUCGACCCCUGCUCUCAGCCACUCGCAACGGUCGUCUGCAAACAAUCGCUCGUCUGGGUUCACCCCUGACACUCCAUAUACAUCCUACUCCGGAACUCGGUCUUCUCACCAGAGCCUACCCCCUAGGCGAACCUCCCAAUACCGACCAGAAAGCCGCCGGGCGACAAAUGACGAAGGAGACGAUGCACCUCCUCCCACAUAUGAGCAAUCUGCCCAUAGCCCAAUCUACACGGGACCUUCAAGAGGCCCCAACGCUCCGGAAACUCCCUCUUCUCAUCAAUAUCCUAGGAGUCCACUGGGACGGCGACACCCCGGGGGCUCGAUCUCGGCAGGGCCCUCAGAUCGCAUUAGGGAACGGAAUAAGGACUGCGUUAUCAUGUGAACAUGACCAUGAGAGAAUGCUGUCCAGAACUAUUGAUCAUUUCGGUUACUCAACGGACGAACGUGUUAUGAGGGAACGAUAUGUAUGACUGUUAUGUGUAAUAAUAAUUUAGAACUCCAAAUAUGACUCUUGUUUUUCUUUGCU